ACCAGGGACACAACUGUAAUUUCACAUGAGUCACAAUUGUGAAGUUUGUUUUAUAAACAUACAAGUUAAACGCAGACACUGAUUAUUAUAACAAACUCUGAAUGGAGCAACAUUUGAACUUCACAACUGAAGAUGACGUGGCAGUAAAAACCGUUACCGAAAAUCCCGCCGAGAAAUCCGGUAACGUUCGUAGCGGCACGCGGCAUCCAGUUUACCACGGCGUCCGGAAACGGCGGUGGGGAAAAUGGGUAUCAGAAAUUAGGGAGCCGCGGAAGAAGUCGCGGAUAUGGCUUGGAUCUUUUCCGGCGCCGGAGAUGGCGGCGAAAGCCUACGACGUUGCGGCGUACUGUUUGAAAGGUCGAAAAGCGCAGCUCAAUUUCCCCGACGAGGUGCACCGUUUACCGUUGCUUCCUCCACCGUCUUCAGCAAGGGAUAUUCAGGCUGCAGCGGCGGAAGCGGCUCGUAUGAUGGUUAAGAGUGCUGCGUUGCCGGAGAAUAGCAGCAUUGGUUCUGGCGGUGGGGAUGAUUUUUGGGGUGAGAUUGAGCUGCCGGAGCUUAUGAAUGGAACGUGGUGGAGUUACUCUGCAGAUAUUGCGGCGGUGCCGGAGAUUGAAGUUCCUCCGCGGCAACAAUCGUUCACGGCAUGUCUUUAGUGUGUGUAUUAAUUAUUGCUUAAUUAAGCUAUCUUUGUAUAACAACUAUAUGUGUUUUUCUGACAAUAAUAAUUGUAACUAUAAUUAAUAUUGGUAUUAGUAUUAAUUUUUACCCACUA